ACCUAGAGAGGCUUGCGCCAGAGCGAGGCUCAUCCCUUCGGGAAACCAUGAUGCGCCACCUUCUUCUUCCUCGUUGCGGCCCUUUGCGCCAUCUAUCAAGCCCUAUCUCUCUCCCCCGUCUUGCCCACUACAAAGCACCGACCCCGCCUGCCCCUCCGACACCGCCGAAACCUCCCAAAAAACCAGUUUCAUUCACAUUCCACGAUGAAACCUGGGAAGAUCCCUACAGCUGGAUGUCCAACCUCAGUGACAAGGUGGCGAUGCGCCACAUGGACGUCUACAUGGAACAAGAGGAGAAGUACACCGAAGCGUUUAUGUCAGAUACCGAACGUCUCCAGUCCAAGCUCCAGUCCGAAAUGGCCUUCCGCAUGACCCCCGAGCUCUCCACUCCUCCAAUUAAGUUCGGCCCAUGGUUGUACUAUCGGCGGGUGGAAGAAGGGAAGCAGUUUCCAGUGCUGUGUCGGAGAUUGGCUAGCUUAAAUGAAGAGUUCAUUUCGAAUAAAUCUCCUUCCGCUGGAUUUGAUUUUGUCUCGGGUAGGAGAAUUGAGCAGAAGCUGAUUGAUUACAAUCAAGAAGCUGAGAGAUUUGGAGGGUAUGCCUAUGAGGAACUAUCAGAGAUAUCACCAGACCAUAGGUUUAUCGCCUACACUAUGUACGAUAAGGACAACGACUACUUUAGGUUAUCUGUUAGGGAUUUGAAUUCUGGUUCAAUAUUAAGUAAGCCUCAAGCUGAUCGGGUUUCAAACUUGGCAUGGGUGAAGGAUGGAAAGGCAUUGCUUUAUACUGUGACAAACAAUAAUAGGAGACCAUAUCGGAUAUACUGCAGCAUGCUUGGAUCAGAUGAAGAAGAUGUUAAGCUUUUAGAAGAAUCAGAUGAUAAUGUUUAUGUUAACAUAAGACAUACCAAGGACUUUCGGUUUGUGACAGUAAAUAAGUUCUCGAUUACUACCUCAAAGGUCUUCCUCAUAAAUGCAGCUGAUCCUUUGUCUGGCAUGACAUUAGUAUGGGAGUGUGGAGGACAAGCCCACUGCAUAGUUGAGCACCAUCAGGGAUGCCUUUAUUUGUUUACAGAUGCUGCAAAAGAGGGCCAACCUGUUGAUUAUCAUUAUCUCCUUUGUUCUCCUGUGGUAGUAUCUUCUAGCCCCAGAAAUUGGGAGAGUGUAUUUAUUGAUGACCCAGACUUGAUCAUCGAGGAUGUUGAUUUUAACGAUACACACAUGGUAUUUAUUGUGAGGGAAGGUCGAAAGUUUAGAAUUUGUUCAGUUGCUCUUCCUUUGCCUAGAGGGAAGGGAGCAGUUUACCUAAAAGAGCUUAACCCACAUUUCCUACCUCUUCCAAAAUAUGUUUCCCAAAUCUCACCUGGACCAAAUUAUGACUACUACUCCUCGAUCAUACGCUUUACUGUAUCAUCACCUGUGAUGCCUGAUGCUGUGGUUGAUUACGACUUGUCAACUGGAAUGUGGAAUAUCAUUCAACAGAAAAAUAUGCUUCAUGAAAGAACACGAAUUCUGUAUGGAACAACCUCUUCUGCUAGUAGCCUUGCAAAUGCUUCAAUUUCCAAAAGAUCUGGAUCCACAGAUGAAGUCAAUUUCAAAGAUGAUCUCCUCUGGAAUGACCUUUCUGAGUUCUAUGCUUGUGAAAACUAUGAUGUCUCUUCUCAUGAUGGAGUUUUGGUUCCUUUGACCAUUGUAUACUCACGCAAAAACAAGAAAGAGAAUCACAGUCCUGGAAUACUUCAUGGCCAUGGAGCUUAUGGUGAGUUACUUGACAAAAGGUGGCGUGGUGAAUUGAAAAGCCUUCUUGAUCGUGGUUGGGUUGUUGCUUAUGCUGAUGUCAGAGGUGGAGGUGGUGGGGGUAAAAAGUGGCAUCAUGAUGGCAGGAGGACAAAAAAACAUAAUUCCAUUGAAGAUUUUAUCUCCUGUGCCAAAUUUCUAAUCGACAAGGAGAUUGUACAGGAGAACAAGCUUGCUGCUUGGGGAUAUAGUGCUGGGGGGCUUUUGGUUGCUUCUGCAAUUAAUUCUUGCCCAGAUUUAUUUCGUGCUGCUCUUUUGAAGGUUCCAUUUUUGGAUCCAACCAAUACUCUUCUCUACCCCAUUUUACCACUUGCUCCUGCUGACUAUGAAGAGUUUGGGUACCCAGGGGACAUUGAAGACUUUCAGGCAAUAAGAAAAUAUUCUCCAUAUGACAAUAUUCAAAAGAAUGCUCUUUAUCCUGCUGUCUUGAUAUCAUCUUCUUUCAAUACACGAUUUGGAGUCUGGGAAGCUGCAAAAUGGGCUGCACGCGUGCGGGAAUGUGCUGUUUAUGACCCAAAGCGCCCAGUAUUGCUUAAUUUAACAACAGAUAUAGUGGAAGAAAACAGAUACUUGCAAUCCAAGGAGGCAGCACUAGAGGCUGCUUUUCUUCUAAAAGUGAUUGGAUCCUAGAUUUGCUUUUACCAAGCCCCAUGCCAUCAUUGAAGCUGUGGAUCUUACAAUAUUAAAAAGCUUGUGGUGGAUAAGAUGCAUCUCUCGGGAUCAAUGUACAAAAUUUGAAUUGUCAUGAGCUAAAAGGAUGAUUAAUUUUAAAUUACCUAGUUCCAUUUGGGCAGAGUGUUAUCCAAAUUAGGAAUCUACAUCAUCAGGGAUUGAUGAUCUGGCCGCGUUAAGUGGUUUAUAUUGCUGUAGCAGCUUGCUGUUUCAAGAAAGAGAGAGGCUUAGAUAAUAGGUUCAUGAAUCAGACCUUCGUUUAUGGUUGUGGCUUAUUUUUUAUUAUUCAAUUCAUCUGUUAGUUGUCUCUGUAUAUCAGCAUUGCUUAUUGCCUUUAUAUAAAGAGAAAAAGAAAGGUUGGGCCAAGUGUCCUUUAUUGUUUUGUAUUUA